GUUCGACAGCGUGCGAUUGCCUGCGGCGCGCAUGUUUUCGUUCCUGUCGGCCUGGCUGAUUAUUGUUUUUUCUACGGAUCAGGAAAAAAAAUUUCCUUUUCUAGUGCAUUUUAUUCAUUUCUCGAAAUUAUAAUUUAAGCAAUAUUCUGCUAGAUAGUUGGGUAUUUUUCGGAGCACACUUCAAAAUGUCUGAUGAUGAUUGUCCACCUCUUUGUGAGAUGGAGACGGGUGGCGAUUCGAAUGGUGAAGAAGAGGAAACUGAAGAGUGGGAAAUUGCGGAGGAACAAAACGAACCAGUACGGUGUCUAUUUUGCGAACAGGUUUCACCGACUAUGACCACAGCUAUUCGACAUGCCCGUGAACGGCAUGAAUUUGACUUGGCGCAAGUACGACGUAGGUUCCAUCUGGACGAGUAUUCGUACAUAAAGAUGAUCAACUACAUCCGCCUGGAAAAGCCGGACCCAGCCGUGUUCAAGAAUGAACGUAGUGUGUUCUGGCUAGACGAUAAAUAUUUAAAACCGGUCGAGAACGAAACCUGGCUAAUGUUUGAUCUGGAUGAGUUGGAUGAGUUGGAUGAGAUUUUGUUGAAUGGCAACAGUACCGAUGGUGGUAGUGCGAAGGAAAAUGGCAAUGAUAUCGGGGAAACGAUCACGUUGACAACGGAUCAGUACAGGAAAUUACAUGGAAUUAUUAACGAAUUGACGGCACAAGUUCGUGAGAAGGAAAAUCUUCUGCAGCAUGCUGCCAGCGAUAUCGAAAAGAUGAAGGAAAGUUUUCGAAACCUUCUGGAGCAACAAAGUGAAUUGUCUGCUGCUGGAAAGAAACGGGACCCGGAGGAAAAAGUUGCCCAAAUCCGGGAGGAACUGAAGCACUGUGUCAGCACCUUGUCUGUCGAGGAUGAUCAGAGUUAUUUUAAUACUUAUUCACACUUCGGUAUUCAUCACGACAUGCUUAGCGAUUAUGUGCGCACGGCCAGCUACCGGGAUGCUAUUUUGAACAAUAGUGCAAUUUUCCAAGGGAAGACAGUGCUUGAUUUAGGUUGUGGUACUGCCAUUUUGUCCAUGUUUUCUGCCAAGGCAGGCGCGAAGGAAGUUAUUUCUAUAGACCAAUCGGAUAUUAUCUAUCAGGCAAUGGACAUCGUUCGACGGAACAAGAUUGAGAGCAUCAAGUUUGUGAAAGGACGCUUGGAAGACAGUGAGCUGCCCGUCGAGAAGGUUGAUAUAAUUGUGUCCGAGUGGAUGGGUUAUUUCCUACUGUUCGAAGGAAUGAUGGACAGUGUUAUUUACGCCAGGCAACGAUACCUUAAGGAGGGCGGUUUCAUUCUACCAAAUCGAUGUAAUCUGAGCUUAGUCGGAUAUGGGGACGUGGAACGACACGACGAGUUUAUCGGUUUCUGGAAAAAUGUCUACGGUUUCGAUAUGUCGUGCAUGAAGAAGGAAGUACUGCGAGAAGCAACUGUGGAAAUAUGCAAACCGGAACAUGUCAUAACCAACGCUAAUAUAAUCGCUAAUUUCGAUCUAAUGGAAGUAGACGUAAACUGUCCAAACUUUAGUUACAAUUUUGAACUGAUUGUUAAACGCAAAUGCAAACUUACUGCCUUGGUCGGUUAUUUUGACACGUUCUUCGAGCUGCCCGAGCAUGUAGAAUUUUCCACUUCUCCGUACACGAAGGGUACCCAUUGGAAGCAGACCAUAUUUUACGUCGAAGAACCGAUACCGGUUGAGGAGGGUCAAGUCAUCAAUGGGAAGUUCUUUUGCAGGCGAGAUCCGAAAGACGCACGAUCUCUGUUCAUUACCAUUGAGUACCUGGGCAAGGUGCUCAAGUAUGCGCUUAACUAGCAGAUUGGGAUACUCAUUCUGCUCAACUAAACGAAGAAUGAUUGUUCAAACCAACAGCUUUAAACGGCCGCGUCGGCGGUUCGGAGCUUGAAAACAGAUUUCAGAUUUCAAUAAUGUACGAAACAAUCUAUUUUAGUAGUAAUCAACACGAAGACGGUGGUUGUGAAGUAUAAUAAAGUAAGAACGUAAACAAAUGGCAAAAACAAUCCAGCUGGCGUAGCGACAACCGAAACUACUCUACUCGUAGCAUUGCUUUCAACUAAUCCUAGAAUAGUAAUCUAUAUUUUCUUCCAGCAUUUGCUAUCCAUCGACCAAAUCUAGUAAUUUUUUCAGUAAAGCAGAAACUCACUAGACAAUCAGUUUUGGAAAGUGAACUGACACACAAAAUGUUGAAACAUUUAGCUUUCGUAGCAUUCUAAGUUUAUAAGUAGAAUAAUAAAAAAAAUUAUCUAUAAUAGUCGGGUAACGAUUCCCAGUUUCAUUGACCCGUAAUUGUAAAGGACAAUGUAGAACCACACCGAAAAGCUUUAAUUUUCAACUUUUGUACACACAGUGUUUAAUUCCUUACAAAGGGGGUACUUUUGAUACAAACAGAAUAACAAAUUUUAAUUAUUUUUAAUAAAAAUAACUAAUCAAGGUCGCAAACGUCGCGCUUCCACAGAGAAAUGAAAAAAGAAACUUAAUCUUCUAUGACAUAUUUAUGGUCGACCAGCUACUUUAAAUAUUAAUAUUCAAAUAUGAUAAUAUAUGAUAUAAAAAAAAUCUAAAAUUUCCACUGACAUAUCGUAUUGAGGGGAUACUCAAAGUAUUGAAACUUUCAAAUUGUUCUGCAAAACUUAGUAUAGGUCAUUCAUUCGCAUGUUGCAUUGUUAAGUUACUCGUAGAUUGGUGAUUCGUGAAUCAUCGAAACACAAAAUGGAUUUGUUCAUGGCAGGAAUUGCAGCAAAUAUUUUCAAUAUUGCAUGUAGAAAUAAUAAAAUAAGAUUGUUCACCUUUGUUGCGACAAUGAAUAAAGAAUAAUUGCUACAGAACUUCA